AUGAUGCCAUCUUUACUUCAAUCUUACUACCUUCUGUAUGGUUGUUCCGCUGGUUUAUCUAGUAUAUUAUAUAUCCUAUUUCCAUCUGGAACAGUAAAAUAUUUUGGUGGUACUCCAUGCUCUUCCAAUCAAUUAUGGACACAAGUAGUAUCUGCUGGAGACUUACUUAUAUCUUACUUAUGCUAUGUCGGUUACAAAAGUUCGAAUUCUGAAUUACAAUUCGUUAUUAUUAGAGGAAUUAGUUUAUAUAGUUUAUUUCAUUUUGGCUUAUUUUUAUAUCACCAUGUAAGAGUACAGAAGCAUCCACAUGGUGGUUUACCUCUUUAUAUUGGUGGUUUGAUGUGUGCAAUAGGAGCUGUAUUUAAAUGGGGCAAUAUUCUCUAA